AACGCCGGUUGGUUUUAUCUUCGUUCUGGAUUACACGAUGCUAACGAUUUCGAUAUCGGAGAAUAGAUCUAGGAACGGACGAGCGAUUCGACGAGUCGUCGACGCAAGUUCUUGUUUCACUUGUUUCGCUCAUUCUGCGUGCACGUUAGCGAUAGGAUAGGUUUCGAUAUCGAAAAAUAGAUUUUUAAAUCGACGAGUAGAUUUACGAAUACGUUUUUAUGAAACUGCCGCGGAGUCGUUUUUUCUCUUCGUUCUGGCCGCGCGAUAUCAACGAACAGAUUUUGGUAUCGAUGAAUAGAUCGAUGAAUGGACGAGUUGCAGCAAAUUCUUACGCGCCACGAUUUAUUUUUCUCUUCGAUCUGAAUAUACAAAUAGAUCGACGACUAGAUUUUCCCCAGUGAAAGAUGAAUUUAAAAAUGGGUCGAUACGGGUUAAGGGGAUCUUUCCCCAAGUUUCACGGGAUUGAUCGAUAGGAUGGAUCCGUAGCGCCGUGCUGGUUGAGAACCACGUAGACGCAGGUGUCGCGACUAUUGAGGUUUUUAGGGUGAACCGAUUUUAAUUAACCUGUUAACUAGACGAAUAAACUCGUCGAUUGAAUUACCAAUCUCUAGGAUGUAAGCUAUCCAAAAAGAAGCCUACAAGUCUAUAGUACUUUUAGUGGAACAGUGGAAUUAUUAUAAAGAAUUUUGAUUUAUUUCGUCAAUAUGAAAAGAACGGAAAACAUUGUAAUUUUAUUUAUAAAUUCAAACGUAUCUAAUACUAAAGAACUAAUCGAUUUCUUCGUUUCUUCAUUUAGAAAUUCCCUAUUUCGUUAAGGGGUCGUUUCUCAUUUUUGGUAAAAAUAAAUUACCUGCGUAUAUAUAUAAAGUUUUAAGAAAUGACUAGAAAUGUUAAAAAAUGAUCCAUUUAAUAUAUUGGAUCAUAUAAUAAUAUGAUUAAUUCGCGAUCAAACUUCGGGCGGAAGUCGAUUUAUGACUGGUUUUACAAUUAAUUGGAACUAGUGGAAAUUAGCUUUCCAAAAAUGAAUUUCUUUUGAAGAAGACGAUUAAAAGGAUAACAGGAUUCGUGGCUUUCGUUGAAAUUUUAUUUAUUUUGAUAAUACUUCUGGAUGAGGUGUGGGAGUUUACUGAACGAGUCUUUGUACAAGCUGUUUGAUUUAUUCGUCUGUGAAUAGUAUUUUGUUUCUUUAUUAUUUUUUCUCUGCUUGAACGUUGAACGUUUAUUAUUAAAGAUAUAAGGUUUUGUUAAAUAUUGUGAACAUGGUGAAUUCGUAUUUAUUAAACGUAUAUUACGAACGUGAUAGGUUGUUUAAUAAACAGAAAGUUAAGCUGCGUCUGUUUCUAUUCUUUGUCUGUAAAUUACACUUUCUUGCCUUUUUAUGAGAAAUAAAAUUCUUGGCUUUAAUAUAAUUACUUUUUACACAGAAUCAGAAAUUUUCAAUAAGCUUCGGAAUUUUCACUAGUCCUUAUUUUCCCUUGAAUAUUAAUUUCAUUCACUUUCACAUAAAUAUCUUGGCUUUAAGCUGGCCUCGGUAUUGCAGAUCACCAAUUUUUUACGCGUAAACGCAGACAAAUAUUCUUGAAAUAUCCAAAACCGAAAGUUUUUAUUUCCUCUGCGCUCAAGAGGAUCCUCGUUUUUUCAGACUUACUAAAAAGUUCUUAACAUAAAACAAAUGCUAUUUUAAAAGCCAAUAUUUAAAGAAAUAAAUAAAAAUAUAAAGAAAAUUUCUAAUGCAAAAUGUUUUUUUAUAAUAUUCAUUAUCAUCUAGAUUUCAAAAUUCAGAGCUGUCUGAAAAUGCGAUAGUGUGAAAAUCUGGUUUACUCCAAUUUUGUGCCGAACUUCAAUGACCUCAUUCCUAAAGAGAAGACGCAUCGCGCAAUUCACGUAUCCCAUUUCGGUUAGACUUAGUACGGCCGUACGUAUCAUAACAAUUUAUUGUUAGCGCAUGAAACUCGAAAUGAUAUUUCUAUCGGAAAUUUGUUUAGGCGCGAAAUAUUUGUCUGUAAUGUCCGGCAGCUCGUGCGCAUGCUAAAAAGUCAGUAAUGGUGUUUAUUUUUAAUUUUAGUUCUCCACCUUUGACAUUCGCUGAAUUGCUUUUGGCAGCAUUUAGACAAUUUGUUUAACUGUCACAUUUCUGUUACGCUCAUUCAGAAAUUUUUCAUACACGAACCUACAUGAAAUUAAUACAUCCCGAUUGUAACAUUUUCAAGCAAAAUAUGAUAUUAAGAAGCUACCUGACUCGUGACUCAUAACACUGCGAUAUGUAUAGCAUAAUAGCAUUUUAUCUUAAUUGUAUCAGAUUAUAUGUAUGUAUUAUCUGAUAGUAUCUAGUAUUACAUUAAAAGAGCAGUUUAUACUUCAUUCAUAAUUACAUUUUGCUGAAAUAUGACAAACGCAAAAAUUUUGAAACUGUAUAUAAAAGUUUGUCUUUCAAUAAAUGUUAAUAAAUAUAUGCAUGUACUGUAUGCGAUUGGUUUAAACACUUUGUCUUGGCUUUAGAUUCUAGAUGUAUGUAGAAAAACUGGUUUAGUACUUAUACGUAUAUGUAUGCAAUGUUGUGUUAUUUAUAAACAAAAUAUACCGAUGGCAAACAUAACCUCAAAGUUGCGGUUUCCAAUAGUUCGACAGAAUGUUGUUGCAAGUUAAAUUCUGAUCAAUAUUACAAAAAUGGCAGGUAGUAUGAGACAAUUAGAAGAAAGACAACUUCUAGUUGAAGUAACACGGAUGCAAUGGUCUCCAAAAAUGGAUCUCUUAGCAAUCGCAAAUGUGAAAGGAGAAGUUACGUUACAUAGAUUAACAUGGCAAAGAGUAUGGUUAUUGAGUCCUCAAGAGGAAUCCGAUACUAUAGUGAAUUUAGCAUGGAGACCAGAUGGAAAACUUCUAGCGAUUUGUUAUGAAGUCUCUAAAUUAGUGUGUCUUGUAGAUAUUGAGAAUAAAAAUAUUAUACAUAGAACAAAGUUAAUGUUGCACAAUGCAAUUACAUGUAUGACAUGGUUACCAUUAGCAAAUUUAGAAAGUGAUACUUUGUUAAAUGGUAGCAAAGCAAAUAUGCUACCGACUGGAGAAUAUCUCCCACCUUUACCUAGUUUAAAUAGAAGUUUUGGUCAAGAAUCAGAACGCAAGGAAGUUUUAUCUCAAACUUUAGAUAUACUUUUUCUUGGCUUAGAUGAUGGAAAUGUUGCAAUGUAUGUAUUUGGAAUGUUCUAUUGCGGUACAAUUUCUGUUGGUCAUGGUCAAAUAUUAGAAAUUAGUGGUGGAUUUGGCAAAUCAAUGUGGAUUACAUGGAAGGAUAAUAUUGGCAUCAAAGCAAGUAGAUUAUGGUGUCCACUGUUGGAACAAAGCACAGCUUUUUUAAAGGUAGCACAAGCUCAAGCUAAUAUCGAAUACCUGAUGGAUUAUCUUUCACGUACGUUAAUGGCAAUAUCUGAAGCAUGGGAGACAAUUCUUUUGGAAAUGGAUGAAAAACUUGCACGAUAUGCAGAAACAAAUCCACCUGGUGGAGUUGCUGCAGACUUUUUAGAACUGUUAAUGAUUGGUAUACCUACCCAAAACUUAGAGAAUUUCUUGCUACGUGAUUUGACUGAAAAGGGUUUAAAAAAAUUAGGACAUAGCAUUGAAAUGUGUUAUAGUAAUAUACAGAAAUUAGUCUUAAAAAAUUUAACUAGCGUUGGGAUGGCCCUCGUAUACCAAUUAGCUGAAAUGAGAGGAAUGGUCAGAUUAGGUGGCUCGUAUGAAUUACUAGGACUUACUGAUGAGACUAUUAUAACUAAUGCUCUUCAUGCAUCAGAAGCUUUUUUAGCAAAAUCUUCUGAAAUUCAGCAAGUGAUAGAUCAUAGCAUGCGUGACUAUAAAGCGUUUUUCCGGUGGUUAUACGUUGCAAUUUUAAGGCUGUCAGAUGAAAGAAUACCAUCUGAAGUAAGUCGUGUCAGUCAACAAGAGUUAACAUUUAUCGCCGAAUUUUUGCGCGGUUUUGAUAAGACUGAACCUGGUGUUGGAGGAAGAAAAGGAGUGAAUUUAGAGAAGUUAGGUCAAUACUUGCGACGGGAAAAUUUACAAACUUGUCUAACUCCUGAAGGAAGCGAAUGGGCUACUAUGCUCGAUGAAAAUCAUUGUCUUCGUGAUCAUCCUCUUAUUGUGAAACAAGACCUUAAUUAUUCCUUAUUGCAGUCUCAUGCGAAAUUAAUUACUGCUAUACAUAAUGUUUUUCGUGAGUCUUACCAAGGAUUAGUUGAACAUUUUACCAUAUCAAAUAUUGCUUUGUCGCCGUCUAUAGGAUUUACAUCAUCGCAAGUUGCAACAAACAAUGAUAGUUUGCUAGUAGCUACAUGUGAUGCUGACCAUCAAAUAUUACGACUGUUUAAAGUCGAGUGUUCAUGCAUAGAACCCAUUUCUCUUAGGUUUAAAUUAAGUACGAUAGAUACAGAUUAUAAAUCAGAAUCUCAUUCCAAAACGUACAUAGACUGUACUGUAGUUGAUCUACAAUUUUACUCUAACGAACAUCUCAGUUUACUGCUACUUAACAAACAUACACAUGCAUCGUAUCUUGUACAAUUGCCAUUGAAUAACGUCCGAAUUUUUGAAAAUCAAGAUAAGAAUGCAAUUAGUUUAGUAGAUCUUUUAGGUAACAGUUGGCCACGACCUUUUCAAGGUAUAACUGCUAAAAAAAUAGCAGUCAGUGGUGCGCGAAAAGUGGCCGCUGUUUUAAGUGAAAACAAUAGGAAAAUAAGAUUAUUAGAAACUGAAGUGGAACCUGAAGAAGAGGAAGAAGAAGAAGAUGAAGAAGAUGUAAUGAAUGAUAGUAUGUUGAACACUACUCAUGGAACAGCUGCAAAUUCUCAAACAUAUAAUUAAACUAUUUAAUCAUUAUUUAUAUACAUAAAUAUAUAUACAAUAUGUUACAAGAGAAUUUUCAUCUACAAAACAUUUAUUAAAACUAUUUUUUUACUUAUGAAA